GUCUCUUAUCAAUGGACAGUACAAACAGUACUACCACGAACGUCCCUGCACUCGUAUCUUUGUUUACAACUGCAAGUGUUUUUGCAGUAUGAAUUCUUAGAAGUUUUACUGUUGAGUCAAGGACGUAUGCGUGUUUUGCCAAACUACCCUCCGAGAUAGCUGAAUCUGGUACAUUUUAAAGCAGGAGGCGGCAGAAGACGCUCGGCGGUUCUGGCCUCCGAGCAGCAGGCGGCGCUGUGAGUCGUCUUUGCGGAAGCCGCGGAGGCCUCGCUGACUGACUUCCGGUGUUGGCGGUGGCGCCGCGCAGUCACCGCGGAGCAGACGCGGAGGCUGGUGGCCCCUGGGCGAGAUGCCGUACGCUAACCAGCCUACCGUGCGGAUCACGGAGCUCACUGACGAGAAUGUCAAGUUCAUCAUCGAGAACACCGACCUGGCGGUGGCCAAUUCGAUUCGGAGGGUCUUCAUCGCUGAGGUGCCCAUAAUAGCCAUUGACUGGGUUCAGAUUGAUGCCAAUUCCUCAGUCCUUCAUGAUGAAUUCAUCGCGCACAGGCUUGGAUUAAUUCCCCUCAUUAGUGAUGACAUUGUGGACAAGCUGCAGUACUCUCGGGACUGCACAUGUGAGGAGUUCUGCCCCGAGUGCUCGGUGGAGUUCACCCUCGAUGUGCGGUGCAAUGAAGACCAGACGCGACAUGUCACGUCUCGAGACCUCAUCUCCAACAGCCCCCGGGUCAUUCCGGUGACAUCCCGGAACCGAGAUAAUGACCCCAAUGACUACGUGGAGCAGGAUGACAUCCUCAUCGUCAAGUUGAGAAAGGGCCAGGAGCUGAGACUUCGAGCCUAUGCCAAAAAGGGCUUUGGCAAGGAGCAUGCCAAGUGGAACCCUACUGCAGGGGUGGCUUUUGAAUACGAUCCAGACAAUGCCCUGAGGCACACAGUGUACCCCAAGCCCGAGGAAUGGCCAAAGAGUGAGUACUCGGAGCUGGAUGAGGAUGAGUCGCAGGCUCCCUAUGACCCCAACGGCAAGCCAGAAAGGUUUUAUUACAACGUGGAGUCCUGUGGCUCUCUGCGUCCUGAAACCAUUGUCCUGUCAGCCCUCUCAGGAUUGAAGAAGAAACUGAGUGAUUUACAAACUCAAUUAAGCCACGAGAUCCAGAGUGAUGUGCUAACCAUAAAUUAACUGCAGCUUGCCUGCUUCAGCGAAAACAGAGAUUCAGGCCAGCAGCUGGAUAUGGGGGUCUCUCUUCAGACUCUUCUAGUUUCUGAGAAUCUAGUCUACUGUUGGUUGAGCUUCUUGGCAGGACAUCAGUACCAACUAGAAGUGGGUCAUAGAUAGAUUACCAGGGAUGCAGUGGUGUUUAGGCAGGAUAGGUCUUUACUGGCUCUGACUGCUGUUAAUAAUUGGCAGCAGUGCUCCCCAGAUCCCAGAAGGUCCCUGCUGGACUGUUUCCAGUGCACCUGUAGGGAACCAACUAGACUUCUCUCCUGGUUAGUCCAGCUCUUUACUCUAAACCCUUUCUGUCCAAAAUGAGUCAUUUUCAGUUGUACCUUAGAUGUCUGGUGUUUAGGAUCAAGUGCCAUAGCCUUUAUUCAGGGGGCCUAUAAACCCUUCCAGUCCUUGCCCCAGGGCUGGCCUGCUAGCGCUUCAAAUUCCCAGGUGUCCCUAAUUUGAGAAGUAACCUUUUGGAAUAGCAUUAGACCCUGGCUGUCCCCUCCCCACCAAAUAAACAUGAUAUUUCAUUCUCUGUCCAGCAGUUAUGAACCCCUUCACCUCCAAUGGCCUGAUCAUUUAGUUUGGUGGUGGUGGGGGUGGGGGUGGAAGCAGCCGCAGGAGCAAGGGCCCCUCCCACAUACACAGGAGGAGUAUUUCAUUUCUCCUUAAUGAAGGCUCUGGCCCUAACCCCUUAGCACUGUCUCCAGAUAGGAACAUGCACAAAGCAGUUAAUUAGGCAGCCUGGAGAAAACCAGAGAUCCAGUACAGAAAGGAAAGGAUAUUUAUUAACAGAAGUUGUCUUUUUAAAAGUGUUUAUUUUUGGCAAUAAAGAGCACAACAUAAUCUC